AUGCCCACCGCCGAGCCCGAGCACAGCCCCGCCGAGCCCCAGGCACCGGCCGCCGCCGAGUCGCUGCGGCGCGGCCGCCGGAGGAAGGUCAAGGAGGAGACGCCGGAGAUGAAGGUGAAGCGGCAGGUAAAGGCGAAGCGGCGCGGUAAGGCCGAGGCCGAGCAGGCGCAGCCCGAGGAGAGCGGGCUGGGGGAUGGCGACUUGGAGCCCCCCGUGGCCAAGAAGACGAAAAAAGACAAGGAGAAGAGCAAUGGUUUGGUAGGAGAGAGCGACGUGUCCCAGCACGUGGUGAAAUCAUCCUCCGCUGUGAGCGGAAGCGUGACAUCCCCGGCUGCCGGAGAGCAGGACAGCGAUGCCGAGGAGCUGACAGAAGAAGCAAAAGAAGGCGCCUUCUCUAAUUUUCCUCUCUCACAAAACACUAUCAAACUUCUCACAGCUCGAGGUGUGAAAUACCUGUUCCCUGUGCAAGUGAAGACUUUCCAGCCCAUAUACGAUGGUAAAGACUUAAUUGCUCAAGCUCGAACAGGAACUGGGAAAACCCUUUCCUUUGCUCUUCCACUGAUUGAAAAACUUCAGAGUGUCUCACAGGAUGGGAGAAGAGGCCGUGCACCAAAAGUGCUGGUUCUUGUUCCAACCAGAGAAUUGGCCAUUCAGGUAGCCAAAGACUUCAAGAAUUUCACAAAGAAGCUGUCAAUUGCUUGUUUUUAUGGAGGAACUCCAUAUAAAGAACAGCUUGAUCUCCUUAAAAGUGGCAUCGAUAUUCUAGUGGGGACUCCUGGUCGGAUCAAAGACCACAUUCAGAACAGCAAGCUGGAGCUGUCCCACGUGAAGCAUGUGGUUUUGGAUGAAGUGGAUCAUAUGUUAGACAUGGGCUUUGCUGAACAAGUGGAAGAAAUCUUGGGAUCCUCCUAUAAGAAAGGCUCCGAGAACAACCCACAGACCCUGCUGUUUUCUGCAACUUGUCCACGAUGGGUUUAUGAUGUAGCAAAAAAAUACAUGAGAGAUGAGUAUGAACAGAUUGACCUGAUUGGAAAGAAGACUCAAAGGACAGCCACAACUGUGGAACACUUGGCUAUACAGUGUCGCUCAUCUCAGCGAGCAGGAGUUCUUGGGGACAUCAUUCAGGUCUACAGUGGCAGCCGUGGGCGGACCAUUGUCUUUUGUGAGACCAAAAGGGAGGCAAAUGAGUUGGCUAUGAAUGCUUCUCUCAAACAGGAUGCCCAGUCCUUGCAUGGUGACAUUCCACAGAAACAGAGAGAAAUUACAUUAAAAGGCUUCAGAAAUGGUGUGUUUGAAGUGCUGAUUGCAACAAAUGUAGCUGCCCGUGGUUUGGAUAUUCCUGAGGUUGACCUUGUUAUACAGUGCUCACCACCAAGAGAUGUUGAUUCCUACAUCCAUCGUUCUGGCCGCACGGGUCGAGCUGGCCGCACCGGCGUCUGCAUUUGUUUGUUUCAGAGAAGAGAGGAAGAUCUUCUGAAACAAGUGGAGCACAAAGCGGGUAUUACCUUUAAGCGUGUAGGCGUUCCCUCUGCUAUGGAUGUAAUUAAAGCUUCAAGUAGUGAUGCCAAAAAGUUGCUGGAGGCCGUUCCUCCCUCUGCAGUAGACUACUUCAGGAAAUCAGCUGAAGAGCUGAUAGAUGAGAAGGGGGCUGUGGCUGCCCUGGCUGCAGCCCUGGCACACAUUUCUGGGGCAGCUCACAUCCAGCAGCGCUCCCUGCUCAACUCCACAGCUGGCCUUGUGACCAUGGUGUUGAAAUGUUCAGUAGAGAUGCACACCAUGGGCUAUGCCUGGCGGGGGCUGAAGGAGCAGCUUGGGGAGGAGAUCGAUAACAAAGUGUCUGCAAUACGUUUCCUCAAGGGGAAGAUGGGCGUGUGCUUUGAUAUCCCUAUGGAUGAACUGAGUAAUAUACAGGAGCGGUGGAGGGACACGCGGCGCUGGCAGCUGGCCGUGGCCAGUGAGUUGCCCGAGCUGGAGGAAUUUCCCCAGGAGGCAGGACGAGGGUUCUCCAGGUUCGGAAACAGCAGGCAAGGAAACUUCAAGAGAAACAGCUGGUCCAAGAAUGGAAAUCGGGGACUUUAACAGAGCACUUCAUUAACCUGUGCUACAGAUAACAGGACUGAACUGAAUUUUAUUAGACAGUAAAAGUCUGUUAGACACUCCUCUUUGUCUUUAUUCUUUGAUAAAGCAGCCUGUCUUUGAGGGAAAAUCAUGUUUGUGAAAUGA